GUCGCUAUAUAAGCCUCAUCUGCACGUUCCACCAGCAUCAGUCAUCUCUCUGAACUUACCCCAAAAACAACCAACCAACCAAACCUUAUUCAAGAUGUUCAAAUUUGUUGCCGUCAUCGCUCUUCUGGUCGCCACCGCCAGCGCUGGUCUGAUCGAGACUCAUCAUGUGGUGCACGAGCCCGUCCUGGCCAAGGUUGGAUCGGUGGUGCACUCAGCUCCCUCGGCGGUUUCCCACCAGAGCAUCACCCAGGUGCACAGCAAGGCAGUGGUGCAGCCCGUGGUUGCUCCCAUCGUGAAGACCACCACCUACUCCCAUCCCGCCGUUGCCGUCCACGCUGCUCCAGUGGUUCACUCCGUGCCCGUUGUCCACGCCGCUCCAGUCGUCCACUCCGUGCCGGUGGUGCACUCCGCUCCUGUGGUGCACUCUGUGCCUCUGGUCCACUCUGCUCCCCUCGUCAAGUCGGUGGUGCACUCCGCUCCUCUGGCCUACACCCUGCACCACUAAGGAAGCAAAUGUGAUACAGUAUUUACGAUUUUUUGUUUCAAUAAAUGUUUUUCGUUUUGUCAUAACAAGUUAA